AUGGAAGCUCGUAUUCAGGAGCGACUUGCUGCGUACAAACGCUUUUUUGAAGAAAGUCACCCUUACCCAGACACGUCCGAAUCUCAUUUUUACUGGGUGGAUUCUGAAUGGUUGCGUCGCUGGGUGACGGGAGAGAAAUAUGAUGGCUCCGAUAGCUCGUUGUCACUCUUGUCUUGCGACACGUCGGAUGUCAAAGCAUCGUCGAUUCAACGAGUAUCAAAACGGAGCACAUCUGACGAACGAGGAGGCGAGGACAGCGAUGAAAGCGAUUGCGUUAUAGUUGAUCCUUCUUAUGCAGAUGCUGCGACAUCGGACGAGAAGAGCGACGGUAGUGUGUGCACAUUGAAUGGUUCGGACGCUAGUGAAGUCAGUCGUGCACGCUACGGCGAUGGUGACGCGCACACUAACGCCCAGAUGCCUCCGGCGUAUUCAUGUCGUCUGAUUUCUAAUGGUGCAGCUGUCACGACGAAAAUGGCUGGGGCUAGCGAGUCGCGUGAUGACGACAUUCCCUUCAUGGAGCCAGUUGACGUAGGACCUCUUUCCUGUGUGCACUCCCAUGAUCUCGACCUCGGCGCGAGGUGUCUCGAGGAGGAGCCCACCCGCCCUAUUCUUCGGUUUGCACCUGAUAAUGCACCUAGGUUGAAGCGCAUAUCUGCCAAGUUUUUUUCCUACAUAAAGGAAAGCUGUGGCGCUAAGCCAUUCCCAGCACUUGAGGGCCACGCGCAAAUGCGAGUGUUUGAAGCCCCUACAUAUCGGUGCAUUGUUUGUGAAAAUGAUUUUAACAGCAAACUCGUGAAAGAUUUCGACCGCUUGCGUGAAGUUGACGAAGAGCUUGUGCUACUAAAGGCAAUCCCUGUAGAUGCGAAGGCUGCAGUCGCUGCUGGAAAUUACUAUCUGAUGAGCCGAGCGUGGUUGAAAAGCUAUAAGAGUCAUCUUCAGAUGUUGCAUAAAGAGCUCACUCGCGCAGUUUCACAAAGCAAGAAAGAGAAAAUGCUAACAUUUUCGAAGAUGGAUGAUUUUUGUACGACGGGGAGAGAUGAAGACGUCAAUAGCAGUCAUAGAAUGAGUGGCGAGUGCGGCAAAAUGGAAAUGUGGCAAACACCCAUCAACAAAGAUAUCACGUGCUUGCAUGGCAAACUAACGUUGGAAAAGCGAUUAUAUCGGCCAGUAGCGGCGGAGACAUGGGCAUACUUUAGCACUAAGUAUCCAUUUCAUGCUGUAUACGCUGCGAGAGCAACCGACUCGUGCCUGCAGUGCCAGAUGGACGAUGUGAUCAAUAAGAAGUGCAUUGAAGUGGAGCGUGGUGUGCGUGACGAGGUAAUAUCAAUUGCUGCUUUGGAGUCUUUGUUUCGCCGCAAGCCCGAAAGAGGAUGUGUUCGACUAAGCGAUAUGUUAGAUGUGACUGGUGCUCAAGGAAGCAGUGGAUUCAAGAAGGUGUCGCCAUGGAUGCCACAAUAUCCAAAGAGGCUGCCUGGGCGGAUGUUUUUGGUGUCUCGUAGCUGGAUAACGCAGUGGAGAAACUAUAUUCGCAACGUGAGUGAAAAUUUGCCGCUUAAGCUCUCAUCGUUUUGUUUGUUGUGCAUGCACCAAAAGUUGGUACUUUCCCCCGGCUUGUUGGCAGCACAAGGGGGACAACCCGUUGAUGCAAGCUCGUUAGAAGUAGAAUUCGUGACAAAGGAAGAAAUGCGAGCGCUAGCUGAGCGUUAUGGCAACCCCGAGAUGCCAUUAUAUUACGGGCUGCUUGUUGCUACUAUCAUUCCGGAGUCUGGCGAAGAAGAAACACAUGUUGUCUGGCAAAAGUGCUCACUAGCCUCUUUACAGCUUGAAAACGAGCAACAUUUGAGCAGCGUUGGCCGUCUUGAGGGCACAGUGCCCCUGGAUUGUCAUGAUGCAAUGAACGAUACUAUUAUCUGCGUGGAAUGUCAGGCAAACUCGGACCAAAGACACCGCAACGAGCUUGAAAAUUUUACAAACCGCGUUGUCGACAUCCAGCAGCUGCACGAUGAUCAAGCUGUACCAACAAGUGAGAAUCUGACAAUCGGUGUGAAUGCGUCUGGUCGGCGACGUUCCCGACGUGUUUGUCAAGGUUCGGCGUGUGCGUGGCCGAUAGUAGCCAACUCUACUGAUACCGUGUACAUACUCAAAGCAAAAAUUUACGCUGAGAUUGAUGCGCUUCCUACGCGUCAACGUCUGUACUACAAGGGUGAACCCCUGGAAAAUUUUCGUAUGCUUAAAGAAUUGGGGAUUAAAGCCGGAGACGCUGUGUUUAUGCGGUUGUCCGAAGACAGUGCUGAUGAUCUCGUAAUGGAAGAGAGUCUAGAACGUGAGGUCGGUUUUCUGAAUUCAGUCUUUCAUUCGAACCCUUCGGUCAGCAGUCAAGCGGCGAUCCCACCUGCAACGUGUGAAAAUCGAGCUUUGGCUAUUACGGGAAGUCAUAGAACUCGUGUGUGGGUGUGUCCCGCCUGCACGUAUGUCAACGAUGACAUCGACAUAGUUUGCGAGAUGUGCUGUACCACAAAAGAUGGAAAUUCGGGUCAUCAUGAAGAAUGA